CAAAUACAUGGAAUCAUUCCAUCUGGCAUCGGGAACCUCCUCAACCUCACUGACUUAUCUAUGGCAACGAAUAAUCUUGCUGGCCCUAUUCCAUCCUCCAUUGGCAGACUUCAUAAGCUGCAAUCUCUGUUGUUAGACCAGAACAAAUUUACAGAACUUCCAUCUUCGCUUGGUAAUUUGACUUCAUUGAUUACUCUCAACUUGGGAGAAAACAACAUCCAUGGAAGUAUACCUCCGAGUUUGGGCAAUUGUCAUAGCUUGUUGGAAUUAGCCCUUUAUAAAAAUAAUCUCAAUGGUUCAAUACCCACUGAAAUUAUGAGUCUCUCCUCCAUUUCAACAUUCCUCUUGUUAGAUCACAAUGCACUAUCCGGUUCUCUUCCAUCACAGGUUGGGUCUUUGAAAAACCUAGGAUACAUGGAUGUAUCUUAUAAUAAAUUAUCAGGACCCAUUCCGAACACUCUAAGCAACUGUUUGAGUCUCGAAUGGCUUUACUUGGAGGCCAAUUCAUUUGAAGGAGAGAUACCUCAAAGUUUGAGAAUGUUGAGGGGCUUAAGAGAGUUGGAUCUUUCGCACAACAAUUUGUCAGGGAAGGUCCCAAGUUAUCUAGGCGAGCUUCAACUAGAUAUGUUGAAUUUAUCUUUUAAUAGGCUACAUGGAGAAGUUCCAAUACAAGGAGUGUUUCAAAAUGGGAGUGCAAUUUCAGUUGUUGGAAAUAAUGAUCUGUGUGGAGGUAUUGCAAAAUUAGACCUUCCUCCUUGUCCAUCCUCCAAAUCAAGCAACAACAAGCUAUCUCACAAGAUGAAAGUGAUCCUACUGGUGGUAGGUCUUGUGAUAUUUUUAUCUUUGUUUGUUAGCUUCUUUAUAUUUCUUCAACGGCGUCAUGUUUCAAAAAAGAAGUCCUCUAGCACGCCAUCAAUCAAACAUCAAUUUUUGAGGGUUUCUUAUGUAGAGCUUCUCAAAGCCACCAAUGGAUUCUCAGAGGCUAAUCUAAUUGGUUUUGGGAGCUAUGCUUCAGUUUACAAAGGGAUUCUUGAUCACGUUCAGAUGGUUGUUGCAGUGAAAGUACUCAAUCUUCAGACCAGAGGAGCUUCUAAGAGCUUCAUAUCAGAAUGCAAGGCACUAAGAGCCAUAAGGCACCGAAAUCUAUUGAAAAUUUUGAGCGUUUGCUCCAGUGUGGAUUUCCAUGGUAACGAAUUCAAAGCUCUGGUAUAUGAAUUUAUGGCCAAUGGAAACUUGGGCAAUUGGUUGCAUCACGUCGGAGUUAGAGACCAAGGGCAACCAGAAGAACCCAGAAAUCUUAAACUAAUUCAGAGACUGGACAUUUCCACUGAUAUUGCCUCUGCACUUGACUAUCUUCAUUGUGGUUGUGAGUCGACAAUUAUUCAUGGUGAUCUAAAGCCAAGCAAUGUUCUUUUGGAUGAUGAGAUGACGGCCCAUAUUGGAGAUUUUGGGUUAGCAAAGAUUAUUUCUACCGUUUCCAGUGAUGUGGCACAAGGUCAAAGCAAUUCAGUUGCGAUAAGGGGAACCGUAGGCUAUGUUGCUCCAGAGUACGGCAUGGGUGAAAUGGUUUCCACACUAGGGGAUGUAUAUAGCUUUGGGAUUCUUUUACUGGAGAUAUUUACAGGUAAGGGACCAACUGACGCUAUGUUUAAAGAUCAUCUAAAUCUUCAUAACUUCGUUAAGAAUGCUUUACCUAAUCGGGUGAUGGAGAUUGUGGAUCCUUGCAUUCCAUUGGAGCAUAACACAAGAAGUUGGAUUAAAGACUGCAUGGUUUCCAUUAUGAGAAUUGGGAUUGCAUGUUCAAUGGCAUCACCAACAAAUCGAAUGGAAAUGGGUAGUGUUAUUAGCGAAUUGCGUAAGAUAAAAAAUACAUACAUGAAUGAAGGGUUGAACCAAGACUAGGAAAUUGGAAGAGAUUUUGCAACAUAAAAGCCAAAGGUUACUUCCAAGGUCCUCCAAUAAUGGUUACCUCCUCAAUAUGCUACUCCAUCAGCCCAUAGAGUACAAGUGGCAGCUUUGUAUUUUAUUGCCUCAUUUAUGAGUUCAUAUGAUCAUUCAUCAUCCUCAUCAGCUGCUUGAGUAAAUAACUGUCACUUUUUUUUCCUUCCUUCGACUAGAUUGUAUUAUAUAAAAAAUAUGUUCAUGUGAGAUAUUUCCAACUAAGAUUGUGUGUUAGAAUUAUCAUUUUGUUGUAUCUUUCCUUUGAAAUUGCAUGGCCAUAUAGUUCCCGCUCUUUAGUC